AUGGCCCGCAAGAACCGUCAAGCCAUGCCACUGCCAACCACGCAGGCUACCCCGCCUAUUCGGUUUGCUCCCGAGGAUGGGGAGAAGAAGGCUGUGUCGAAAUCGGGCAAGACCAAGGCCCGCGGCCCUUGCAAAAAGGGCAAGUGCGCCACGAGCUGUCUGACCGGGUGGAUCAUGCGCCUGGGCAUCUUCUACCUGAUUUUCGCUGCGCUGUGGCGCUGCCCUUCUACGCCAUUUUCUUUCACGUACGAUGCCAACCACGAGCUGCUUGUGUGUCGCGAGAUGGCCUCGUUCCAGCAACACGUCUCUCCGGCCCUGCAUGAGUUUGCCGGCUCCGCUCACCGCUUCGUGGAGCCCUACGCCGGCAAGUAUAUUAAUGCGGCUCAUGGCGCUUGGAAGAAGGCAGAGCCUGUCGUGCACAAGUCCGCGAAGAAGGUGCACAACGUCUACUGGUCGCACGUGGAGCCUGGUGCGCGCGAGCUAUACAAGCAGGCCUAUAAGUGGUCUCUGCCGCACCGUAAGACGGCGCACGCGCACUACAAAAAGCAUCUGCGUCCGCAUGUAAAGAAGUUCAGCAAGUCGAUGAGCCCUUACGUGAAGACCUACUACAAGGACGUCCACCCACACGCUGUAUCGCUCAGUCGCCAGCUUCAGCGGGCGUAUGACCACUCCUCGGACUACUACGUGAAGAAGGUGCACCCUACUAUCAAGCAACGCCUGUACGACCUCUACGUGUACCUGCGCCACACGCUCUUCCCUCUGGCGCACGGUCACUAUGUCAAGCACGCCCACCCUCAUGUGACACGUCUGCACAAGAAGGCCUCGAAGGCGGUGGACGGCGCAUUGCACAAGUACGGCCUCAAGGAGCGUAACCUGGCCGACUCGAUUACCGAGUCUGCGAAGGACACGUACGAGAAAGUCAAGCAAGCUGAUGCGUCAGCUUCGUCAGAAAGUGAGAUCGACCACGAGUCGGGUGAAAACGUGGCCGCACUGCAGGCGCGUCUUGAUGCGGAGAUGCAGAAGGUCGAGGCAAGGCUGGGUGAAGAAGAGUCCACCAUGCUGCGGCUUGUGAAUGCGGAAACGGACCAGAUCCUGGACGAAAUUGCUGACAUGCGGCGCCGUGCUCUGCCGCUGAUGCCCGAGCGACUUGAGAAAAUCAUGCAGGUGGGUAUUGACGGCGGCAUCAGCAGCGUCUUUUUGCGCGCCGUGCGCGAGUUACGAGCGCGUUCUGCUUCGCUUCCAGCCGGCACACGGCCUUCGGACGAAUGGAAGGAAAGCGCUCGCGUAUGGCUCACUGAUCAGAUGGACAGCCUCGUUGAUGUGUACGACGAGAUGCGCACGGCUGCGAGUGAGCUAGUGCAUGCGACGCGAGCAAGCGAAGCGCAGAUGAUCCAGGCAAGCGUGGCCAAGAUCCGUGCUCAGUCGCGUGUGGCCGCGCGCACCUUUUACGAUGUGAUGGAGGAGGCCGAGUUCCAGCUCACUUACUAUGAAUUUGAAGGCUGGGAUUCAGGUAUGAAGCGCCGCGGCCGCUUCUUCCGUGAGAGCGUCAUGGAAUCGCUGGACAAGAUGUCCAUCCUCGGGGACGAGAGACAGGAUGCUGCGACAGACCUGAACGCUGAGUCUGCGCUGCUUGGCAGUGCGAUUGACGACCUGUUCAAGGGCAUGGAGCAGGGCCUGAACGGGCUGACAGACCGUCUGCUGGAGGACCCAACGCUGCUCCAUGAUCGCACAUCCUAUGCACAGUUGCUGCUAGACCUGCACGAGCAUUUGGAUGCUCUUAGCGCUACGGGCCAUGAAAUUGCAGUGAAUUCAACGCUGCGAAUGCGCGACUUAAUCUUCGAUGUCCGCGAGAGUCUUAACAUGACGCGCAUUCCCGACGAAGGUCUCUUGCGUGACGUCGCACACCUCCCCCCUCUUGUGCCGCUGGAAGACGGUGUGGCGACGGAUCCGACAACGGAGCCAACCCACCCUGACACGGACCCACUUCCCACGUCAUCAAUGGAGGAGGAGGCGGCCUUUGCUACCAUUCUGCCUGUGGAUGAUGAACUUGUGCGCGAGGCUAAGAACCGCCCGAGUAGCCUUCCUGUUUCGUCUGAUGUGACGGUAUCUGAGUCGGCGACCACGGCGUCAUCGUCAGAUGUGGCUUCGAUGCCUUCCAGCGCUGCAGUGCCCAUCGAAACCGCGGCUUCUUCGACUACUUCAGAGGCCCUUAACGAGGCCUUCGCAAAUGAGGCCGAGUCUUUGGAGCCUGCGUCUACGUCGAGCAAUACGGUGGAAACGACGAGCACAGCCCAGGCUGUGCACGAGACAACAGACGCAAUUCCGCCGUCGGCUGCCACGGCCGAGGCUACGGAGCAGGAAGCUCUCCAACCCACUCGUCCCAUCGAUCCCGAGGCACUCACGGAGACUUUGACACCGGUGCUGGCACCGACCUCUACGCCUCCUCGCGAGACGGCGGAUGCCACGCGUGAUGCUUUUCCGUCUCGUAUUUUGACUGAGACGCCCUCUAUAACAGAGGUGACCGAGCCGCAAAGAACCGGCUUCGCCGCCUACUCACUGGCCGAGCACGACUAUGGCUCGCAUACCGCGACACCCGACAAGCCACUCUCAGAGCGCUGA